GUUGAAACCAAAUUAGGAAUAUUUGAAAUGUCUGUCCCUUGAUUUCACAUCAAAUGAGAGAACUUAUCUGUGAUGUACUGAUGUGACCACAAAGCUCCUUUAUGAAUGAACUGCAAGCAAGACCAGCAUUACAAGUGUAAUCAUGAGCAUAUGAUUCCAGCAGAAGUAUUGGAGGUCCAGAUCAACAAGAUCAUCGAUUUGAUGGCUACCACAAAAAAGUUAUUUUAUAAUUUCUCAUUUGAGGAUGAUUAUGCUGAGGCUGCAAUAAAAAUAAAAAACAUUACAAUCAGCAUCAAUGAAAUUGAAGCCAGAGUGAACAAAGCUAUAAUGGAUAAAGACUUUCUAUCAUUCCCUAAGCAUCAACAGGAUAUUAUUGACCUCAGACAGAGAAUUGAUGAUGAUGAAAACAUUAAGCUAGCAAUGAGUCAGAUUUUCCAACAGUUAGUAAAAAAGAAAAAGAUAGAUAAAGGUUUCAACCUAACUAGGAAGAUCGAAGCAGAAAAAGCAAAUCAAACAGAUGAAAGUGAUACUAAACCCGACAUUGAAGAAACUAAAAAUGAAGUUACUGUUGAUAUAAUCGAUCCUGAUUCUACUUCUGAAUUAGAAAAUUUACGAAAAAAACAUUUUCAGACCAAAGGAGUGAUACAUUGAGAUUCAGACAUAACACUUGAUUUUCAAAACGAGAAAUGAAUUGACUUCAUUCAUGAUUCAAUUAAAAAUAAUGUGAAAAUGAUAGAGGUUGAUCAGUUUAGAUUCACUAAUCUUCCCUCAAAAAGUGAGCUCCUUAGUUCAUAUCUUGACAAAUGAAUUCCUAAAAGAUUAUGUAACUCUGUUGAAUUGAAUUGUCAUGAAGACUCUAGUUCAGUGGAAAUUAUUGAGUACAAGAGUUCGCUUGAGAAAUUGAUGAUAUCAGAAAUACCCGAGUUGACCAUUCACAAGUUUAUCCUUUCUAAAGAUGACCUGUAUUGGCUUUCUGACUUAUGCUCAGAUGACCAGACUAUACGCAUUCUACAUUGCUUUGUUCAAACGGACACUCAAAAGGAUCCCAUCUCACCUCAAAAGACAGCUCCUCAACUAAGAGUUAUAACCCUAGAUAUCAAAAACGAUUCAAAAUUUGAGGAUGUCGCUAACAUCUUAAUCACUGGUCUCCCUACCUAACCACACCACUCUCCUACCCCAUUUAAUUAAAUCCUAAACCCUAUAACUUC